AACACACAAUACACAACGCCCCUAGGACUGGUUCAUUUCGUUCUCUCCCUUGCGCUUCUUCUACAAUCAAGUACAACACUCACAACCAACCACCACCACCACCAACUGCCGUUUGCUAGCACGUGCACUACCUAUCUGCCUACUUCUCCCACAUACAUACUUUUUAGUGUUUACCCGUUGCUACGAUGCCACCACGAGGAGGAGCACCAGGUGCCAGCUCGCGCGGCCGCGGUGGCAAAUUCAAGAAAUUCACUAGAGGAGGCGGAAAGCAUUUCUCUCGUGAUCUUCGACCACUCGACGCCGAUGGAAAUGAGGUCAGCAUGUGGAGUGAAGAUGCUCAGAAGAAGAGAAACGGCGAGGACGACGACGACGAAGAUGACGACAGUGAAGAAGGCUCAGAGGACGAUUCCGAGGAAGACUCAGAUGACGACUCGGAUGCUGGUCCUUCUCAGCCGCAACAAGACCUGACCCGUGAAGAGCGCAAGGCUGCCAAGAAAGCUCAGAAAGACGCCGCCAUAGCAAAGAAGCAACAGGGUCAAGUCCAGGUUGGCGAUCUUCCCAGCGAGUCGGAAGAAGAAGAAGAAGACGACGACGACAUGCCCGCAAAUCCGAACCACUCCAAAGCUGCGCGACAACAGACUAAAGCUGCAGCCGCGGGUGUUGACGCUGCCACAGAGGGUGUAAGCAAGAUGUCGGUAAACAAGUCGACCAUGAGCCGAAGGGAGCGUGAGGCUCUCGAGAAGCAACAAGCGGCGGAACGUUACCGCAAGCUGCACGCCGAAGGCAAGACAGACGAGGCCAAAGCCGAUCUGGCUCGUCUAAAAUUGAUUCGCGAGAAGCGAGAAGCAGAUGCUGCUCGGAAACAGGCUGAACGAGAAGAGAGAGAGGAGCAGGAAAAGGAGAGACGACUGGAGAGAGAGGCCAAGGAAGCUAAGAAACGCGAGGCGGCCCUCGGGAAGCCCGUAAAGAAGGCAAAGAACUGAAGAAUAUGAGCAUAUAGCGCCUUAGCUUUUUGGCAUCUUGAGGCAGACCUGGAAAUCAUCCACCAGCAUACAUAGUAGCAUUCCACAUCAGCUGCGUAGAAUUAACUCUGGUUCUUCUGACUUGUACCUACUGUCCAUGUACAGGAUACUCGUGUCUUCAAGCCCCCACUUUGAACAGCUUAUUGCUAGGUACCUACCUAGUCUUGCACUGUAAGCACAUUGAGAUGUUUUCUGUGCUUAGAGUUGCAAUACCUCGCAUAAUGAACAAGGUCCCUGAUCUCUUGACUUCUGUCUCCAUGCAAGCGCUUCUUGUGUGGUAAGACUGGCCGUAAGACUGGCACGGUUAGGGUAAAGUGACGGCGUAUAUAUAGGGAGCAUCGGUCCGCCCACAGCUGCCUAGGUGGUGCCCCAGCCCCCAGCCACUGCACAAGCCGUAAGUAUGUACGUGUACGUGUACA